AUGCUGUUCAAACUCUCCCACCUGGUUGCCGCAAUCUGCGGAAGCUCCUUGGUAGCCGCCCAGAAUGUUCCAAUCACCGGAGCCAAGGUUGCCUCUGGCGCUAAUGCCCCUUAUCGACUAAGCAUUGACGCUCUCCAAGCCGCUGGUGGCCCUCAAUGGACCCUCUACCUUCGCGCUCUCUCUCAGAUGCAGAAACAGGACGCCACGAAUCAGCUGUCCUAUUUCCAGAUCGCAGGUAUUCAUGGAAAGCCCUACAUACAGUGGAACAACGCUGGUGCCGAGACUUCGAAUGGAUGGGAGGGAUACUGCCCGCACGGCGAAAAUCUGUUCCUGACGUGGCACCGUCCCUACGUGCUUCUCUUUGAGCAACGCCUCGUCGAAAUUGCUACGACGAUCGCUAACACGUAUCCCUCGAGUGUGCGUGCUCAAUGGGUCCAGGCCGCUUCAACUCUGCGAUCGCCGUACUGGGAUUGGGCAACUACUCUUGCUGUUCCAGGUGCAACAGUUCCCGCUACAUUCAGCAUCAGGGUUCCCAAUGGCAGCGGCCUGAAGACCAUCUCCGUCCCUAACCCCCUGGCUGGUUACAACUUUCCCCAGAGCGCUCUGAAUGGCCAAUUCGGAACUUUCGACGAGCCUGAGAACCGCCCCCGGAUUUACCGCUGCCUAAGUCCCCAGAGCUAUCCUUCAUCUGCCAACGGCCUCAUCAGGUCACGAACAUACAAGCAAUGGGUGUAUGAUGCCUUUACGUCUUCCACCACAUUUGACCAAUUCGCCUCAACCAGUAGCUCUGGCACGAGUCUUGAGCAAAUUCACAACGCCAUUCACUGGGAUGGAGCCUGUGGUUAUCAGUUUGUCGAUGCUGACUUCGCUGCAUUCGAUCCCUUGUUUAUGCUGCAUCACACCAACAUUGAUCGACUCUGGGCCUACUGGCAAUUUAUUCGACCCAGCCAGGCUAUCUUCUCAGGCUCUUACCAAGGAAGCGCCCGCUUCAAUACUCGCGAGGGCGCCACCAUCACUCCAAACUCUCCCCUGCAACCUUUCUACGCCUCUGCUGGCAGGUUCCAUACGUCUACAUCCGUAGCAAGCAUCAGAGGUUUCGGUUACACCUACGAAGGCCUCGAAUACUGGAGGAAAUCCGCGUCCCAGCUGACGACUGACGCCACCCAGCUCAUCAACCGCCUGUACGGCCCUAGCUCCGCCAAAAGGUCAGUGGAGAAGCGUGCUGGAGAGUUGACACGAUACUUCGCGAGUAUUCGGGUCAAUGCGGAAGAGCUCGAUCGUCCCUGCUCUAUUGGUCUCUUUGUCAACACAACUAAUGUCGGCAACUUCAUCGUUUUGAUGCAACCCGCUACCGGUGAGUUUAACGGCAAGUUUUCUCUCGACAGGGCCGCUCCCCCAGAGGAAUUGGCAGGGGAAAAGCCCAAGAACGUGGUCGACGACAUUCUAGCUGGUAUUCGAAUUAGCAUCACCAAGCAUGAUGGAACUGAGCAACCCAUCACCGAGGCGCCCAGCUUGAAGCUGGUGUUGGAGAAUGCGGUCCUCGUGCCUCCGGAAAACAGUGCUUCGCUUCCAGUGUAUACGGACAGCAAGACGACGACGGCACCGAAGAAGCAGUUCCAACCACCAAAUUAG